CUUAAAGCUCCCUCCAAGCCGGCCCGUGUUCAGGCGUGACGGUUCUCUUUCCCCUCCCCGUUUAAAGAAUAAAUCGCCUGUCUCAUUUCUUUGGAGCCCUAGAGCCGUCGUCGCCGCUUCUUUCACUCUUCCUGCUCCGAGAUGAAGCUCGUCAGGUUUUUAAUGAAGCUCACCAACGAAACUGUCUCCAUCGAGCUGAAGAAUGGCACCGUCGUCCACGGUACCAUCAUAGGUGUGGAUGUGAGUAUGAAUACACACUUGAAGACUGUGAAACUCACAGUGAAAGGGAAAAAUCCAGUUAGCCUUGAUCACUUAAGUGUGAGAGGUAAUAACAUUAGAUACUACAUCCUACCUGACAGCUUGAACCUUGAGACUUUGCUGGUUGAGGAAACACCUCGGGUCAAACCUAAAAAGCCAACUGCAGGGAGAUCAGUUGGACGUGGUAGGGGUCGGGGACGUGGUCGUGGACGAGGGCGGGGGCGUUAGCAAUAUCAAUUGCAUCUCAAGUUUUCUUCUCAGCAUAGGUUUCUUCACCUGGUUUAUUCUGUCAAUUGAUUGUGGUGAUUUUUGGUUGCAUGCCUCAACUGGUAAUACUCUCAUGUUAUAUUUCAUCACUUAAUUUAGAAGAUGAGGCAUUAUCGGUUCUUAUUU